UUAUAUAAUUCGAUCUGUUCAUUUUUAAAAAAAUGAAUCAAACCCACCAAGAUAAUUUUCAAAAAUGUAACCAAAUUAAGCAUUGAAAAUAAAUGACUCAAUUUUUUUUCCUAGUUUUUAAACACAAAGUAUAGCUGGCUUAUGAAAAUUUGAAUUAAAAAUAAGUUGAGUUUAGACGGAAUGAGACACAUAUAUAAAAUAGGCCGGAUAAUUAUAUUAUUGUAGCAAGCUAAGCUAAGGUAGGUAGCUUCCCAGGCCCAAUCAAAUAUUGGUUUAUUAACCAGCCUAGGUUGCCCAUAGCUGACCGGCUCAAACCCGGGUGGCAGACGGUUUCGAACUCAGGACCUCACGGCCGCGAGCGUCUUGGUCUUGCCACUCAGGCUGACCGUACGGGCAGGCCCAAUCAAAUAUGAUAUGAUGAAGAUGAUGUUGCAGUUGCAGUUGAUUACAGCAAAUAUCGGCCACUAUACAGAGCUAUAUUGGCAGCAAAUUGGGAGGAUGCUCUAAUAUUCUUCAACCAAGACCCUGCAGCAAUUCAAUCUCCACUUAACUGUGGCUUAGGGACUGCAUUGCAUGUUGCUGCUAAAGAAUUCUAAUCUCCUCUAUCUUCACAACAACUAUGAUUGGUUCCCCAUCCAUUCUGCGGCUAUGAAUAGUAGGAAAAGCAAGGACGCCUUUCUGUAUUUCCUUAGUCACACUAGGGAUGAUGAAUACGGGCAGCCUAAUCCAUAUGCAGGCCCAACUGGUGUCAGUAUUCUUGUCAACUUAAUCCAUCAUAAAUUCUAUGAUUUGGCUCUGCUGUUGGCUAGAAGGUACCCUGAUUUGGGCCGUCAUAAUAGGUUAGGUAACGAUGCAUCAGCUUUGGAUGUCAUAGUUUUUAAUGACUGUUCCAUUAUUAACAAACACAGCCUAAACUUUUUGCAAAGUUUGAUAUACUAUUGUGUUUCUAAGGCAGAGUCAACAACAUCUGCACCAAUUUUCCACCUCAUUACCUCACUACUACAAUGGCUGGUAGGGAAGAGCAUAGUAAACAAAAUGGUGUUGCACCACCAAGCUGUUAAGCUUCUUAAAUGCUUGUGCGAUCAACUCAAAACCCUAAAUGAUACACAAGUGACCUCACUAACAAUCCGUGCAGUCUUUGAAGCAACGAGUUUAGACAUUUGGCAAGUCAUUCUAAAUACUGCAGAUGCAUAUCCUGAUUCAGUUUAUUUCUCAAACUCCAUGCGGCAGAGAAUACUUCACGUUGCAGUAAUAAACCGUAGCGAAAAUGUUUUUAAACUUGUUUGUGGAACCAAUGUGCUUGGGAAUAUUUUAUCAAGUUUAAUGGACGUAAAUUCUAAUAGCGUUUUGCAUUUGGCGGGAAAAUUGGCACCUCCACACAAACUAAAUCUUGUUUCCGGUGCAGCUCUUCAAAUGCAACGAGAGCUGCAAUGGUUUAAGGAAGUGAAAAAAAUCGUACCACCAGAUUACUCGUCAUAUCUGAAUAAAGAUGGCAAAACUCCGAGUAUGGUGUUUACGGAGGAGCAUAAGGAGUUAAAAGAGGCAGGGGAGAAAUGGAUGAAAGACACCGCAAAUUCAUGCACUAUUGCAGCAGCCCUCAUUGUUACUGUUGUCUUUGCAGCUGCCAUUACAGUUCCUGGUGGCAACAGUGGUGAAAAUGGCCUCCCAAUCUUCUCCAACCACAAUGCUUUCACAAUAUUUGCCUUCUCAAAUGCUGCUUCUCUCUUUACAUCCACCACUUCCUUGCUCGUCUUCUUGUCCAUCCUAACUUCGCGCUUUGCAGAACAAGACUUCCUAUAUGCUCUUCCAAAGAGAUUAAUCAUAGGCCUCCUCACCUUGUUUUUGUCCAUAAUAUUUAUGAUGAUUGCCUUCUCUUCCACAGUGUAUCUGGUAUUUGGGAAUAACAGAAGGGGAGUUCUUAUUAUGGUGGCUGGAUUUGCAUGUUUGCCGGUCACUUCAUUUGUGCUUCUUCAAUUCCCUCUGCUUGUAGCUUUGGUGUCAUCUACGUACGGACGGGGCAUUUUCAAUAGCCGUGGCUUUCCCCAGCUCCCAUAUUGAUUUGCACGCCACUCAUGAGACCCUAGCUAAUUAAUUGGUUGAUGAUUGGAAAACCCUAGACUUUGUGUAAUGCCUUGAUCAUUUGUGGUUCGGUCAAAUUACAUUUUCCAGUAACGAUUACCAGCUUUCUCGUGAGUUUUUAAGUUUAAUUUACAUACUAUUACUUAUUGUGCAGUGUAUACAUAUAAUUGUUUGACAUAUAUAUUGUGAAGUUGAGGAUAA